AUGACACGCCUUCAACCACACGAAUACAACCGUCAUUCGUAUCACUCUCCUUCACAAAAUUCGUUUGGAAUAGUACCAUCAGGCCUGCGCUCAGGGUUCAGCCCAACUUCCCAGUCCGUGUCCGUGGUAGUGAGGAAUCCACCUACGGUGGCCGAUAACACAUCAGAGAGCAGCGAAGAGACGCCUGGGGGGACAAACCUAACCAGAAGUGAUUCACGUGAAGGAGGUAUCCUAGAAAACGAUCUAUACUAUGCGCCGAUGCCAGUGAGCGUAGCUCAAACCAGCGAAGGCGAUGGGUCAAGGUUGAUGUCGAGAUCAACCAAUAACAGAGGCACGAAGCGCAGCCACAAUGCCGACGAUGAGCUCGAUGGCGACGGUUCGCGGCAGCAUAGACGUCUCACAACCAAAGAAGAAGUAGCGCUCUUCGAGAUCUGUAACCGAAACGCAGACACCUUCGGCAGCCGCAGUAAUCUGUGCAAGUGGUGGAUAUCUAUUGCCGACGAGUUCAAGCGCACCCAUGAUGGCCGCUCAUACUCGUGGCACUCGGUGCGGCGCAAAGUCGAAAUGGUCACGAGGCAGCGCAUCAAGUUCCUCGAGGAUCAGCGACAGCGGGGCUCGAACGCACCCGGCUCAACAGCCGAGGAGUUGAUGAACCCGCAAUGGCUCGCUGCCGUCGAUGCCUGGCUUCCGACCUGGCAGCGGUGGGAAGAAGCCGAGAACCGGCGCAUUGCAAAGCGGGAUGAGCUUAAGAAGCGUAGACAGCCGCAGCCCUGGCGCCAGAAUUCCAAAAACGGAGACCAGGAUCCAUGGCAGAACCUGCCUGGGUCAUUUGCCACUAGCCCAGCUGAUGUUAACGCCUCAAUGAUGGGUAUGGUGCACCACCCUGUCGCCAACACCGUCGGUGAUGCUACACUACCGGCUACCAGCCCUACGCCCUCGCCCUCAAUUACUAGCCCUGCACCACCCACGCAUUUCCUCGAGUCACCGUCCACCCCUCUCUCCGCGACCACCCCACUGAAACUUCCACCUGGUUUCGAGAAUAUGUUCUCAACCCCACAACUCACAUCACAAGUCGCACUUCUUCCUUCCAUACCCACCCCACCAGUUCCACAAUCCGAUGGUCGUAUGGUCUCAGCUGUCCUCGAAACCCUGGGGAAACUGAACAAACACCUAGAUGCUGCAUCGGGUGGUGGUAUAGAUGCGAGUGCGGCUUCACCCAUGAUCUCGGCUUUGGUGCAGGCUGCCUCGGAAUCACAGAUUUUGGCUUCUCCCCGGCAACCACAGCACCCACAAGUACAACCCGUAUUACAGAUUCAACAGCCCCAACCACCGCAAGGUCCGACCCUCAUUCAAUUUGAACAAAUGAAGGAAGAGCUCCGGCAGGAGAUGCAGGCCCAGUUUCGAGGUGAGCUGGAGCGUGAACGUAUUGCGAUGGAAGAAAAGCUGGAUUCUGUGCAGCGGACUCAGGACCUGAUUCUUGAGAUGUUGAGACAGGAGCCUGCUUGA